AUGGCUCUUCUCAAACCUCUGUUCAUUGUGGCUGGAGUAGGUAACUCUACCGGUACUGGUGCCGCCGCGGCGCGCCUGUUUGCCAAGAAUGGUUACUCAGUCGCACUCAUCUCGCGCACUCGAAGUGGUGGUGGUCUCGAUGCACUGGCCGAAGAAAUCUCAAAAGCUGGCGGUACGGCAAAAGCAUUCUCCGUCCCCUCGUACAGGCCGGCGUCCAUCACCUCUGCGUUCGAGUCGAUUGGCUCGUAUUAUCCGCCAUCGCAGUAUGCCUUGCGCGCUGCGCUGUUCAAUGUCGGACAUGCGGUGUGGAAGUCGUUCUUGGAGAUUACGGAGGACGAGGUAGUGGAGACGCUGGACACGAACGUCGUCGCCGCGUUCUCGUUCUCCAAAAAUGUUAUCACUAGGCUGCUGAGCACCCCGCCGGAUGAUAAAGUCGGCAGGGGGGCGCUCAUAUUUACCGGGGCUACCGCGAGUUUGAGGGGGAACAGGACGACGAGCGCGUUUGCUGCUGCGAAACAUGGUACCAGGGCUCUUUCGCAGAGCUUGGCAAAGGAGUUUGGGCCGAGAGAUGAAAUUCAUGUCUCGCAUGCUAUUGUAGAUGGACUUAUCAAAACCGGGUCCGCUAUUGAGCGAAACGGUGAACGCAUGGUCGGGCUCAACCCAGAUAGUAUCGCUCAAGCGUACCUCAAUCUUGCCGAACAAGAAAAAACAGCGUGGACGUGGGAAUUGGAUCUGCGUCCUGCCAGCGAACAGUGGUAA